CGUGGUUUCUACUUCUUAUUGCCCUCCUGAGUAUGCAUAAAAACACCAGUGAGGACAUCCAAUCUUACAACUAAACUUUCAGAAAAUAAGUUUGCUCUGCCAUGGCAAUGACAACGAGCCUGUGACCUCAGCCACUUGUCAGCCAGACGGUACAUUUUAUCCACCGCUGCCCCUUACAAACUGCACAAAGCCAGUUCCGGAAUACAUUAAGCAGGAAGGUGGUGAUCCUUAUUGCAAUCUGUAUAAAGUUGGAUUUAUGUUCGAAGCUACCUUCUUGGAGGUCUAUCGAAGCUGCUACAACCCGAAAACGAUGACAGCCCAUUAUACCAUCCACAAGGUCUAUCCCACCUACAUGAAAUCUUUUAGAAGAACUACUUGGGACCGCGAUAAUUUGAUUACUCCUGCAGAAGAGGCCUUAUUUACUAAUGGAAAUAUCUUUGAGAGGUUUGGAUUAAUUCUAAAUGCAGGACGUGGGAAGUAUUUGACUUCUAAAAGAGUUAAUGCCUUCGACCGUGGGCAUCUAGCUCCAUCAGCAGACUUUACUUUUUUUAAAGUUUUGGGUCUAACGAACAAGUACUUAAACGCCAUCGCCCAAUCCGCAAGCAUUAAUCGGGGAAAAUGGUCGAAAUUAGAAAAUUCGGUUCGGGGAUUGUUGAAGGAUCCCCGUUUACCAAUGUAUAACGAUGUGCUGAAGGUCUGCACUGGUGGUUUGGGUAUUCUUAAAUUGCAGGACGCCAACGAUCAUCCAACCGAAAUUUUUCUAUAUGAGAAAAUGGUCACACCUUCAUGGUCAACAGUUUUACAAAUACCAGUCCCCGAAUGGGUUUACAAAAUCGUUAGUCAUUCUUCUUCUAACACCAAGUUAGUGAUCUUGGUAAACAACAAUCACUGGGAUCCGGCUGAGUCGGACCCAAAAUCUGUCUGUCAGAAGCAGGCCUGCCCACAAGAGUUAUAUAAAGCAAAAAACAUUUUCUGCUGCAAUUACAUUCAGUUCAUUGCAAAUAUUGUUCCAAGGUUGUCAGGGCUUUGCUAA